UCUCCCAUAACUCUCUCAGAUCACUCUCCUUCAUUUCCUCCCUCACCAUGCCUCCGUCUAAACCUUGCAAUCUCUUUUUAAUUUUGACGGUCGCGAUCAAUAUCUGCUUCGCGGAGUUACCUUCUUUUCGAGAAGCGCCGGCAUUUCGAAACGACAGAGAAUGUCCCAAAACAACAUGGUCAUCCCUCGACAACAAAACUCACAUCCCUUCCGUUAUCCACAUUGCCAUGACCUUAGACACCGCUUACCUCCGGGGCUCCAUCGCCGGAGUCUUCUCCGUUCUCAUCCAUGCUACUUGUCCCGAAAACAUCGUCUUCCAUUUCGUCACCACACAACGACAGGGCGCUGAACUCACGCGCGCCGUUACCGCCACGUUCCCUUAUCUUAACUUCCACUUCUACCACUUCGACACUGAUCCGGUAAACGAAAAGAUCUCGUCUUCUAUCGGACUCGCGUUGGACAAACCGUUGAGUUACGCGCGUAUGUACUUAGCUGAUCUGCUGCCAGAUGGUGUCAGGCGUAUCAUCUACUUUGACUCUGACCUCAUUGUCGUCGAUGACGUCAUUAAGCUAUGGAGCGUCAAUUUAGGAAGUCACGUGUUGGGAGCGCCGGAGCAGUGCCACGCCAACUUCUCGAAAUUCUGGUCCAACCCGGUAUUUACGGCGUCGUUUGAGGGAAGAUCACGGAUCCCUUGUUAUUUCAACACUGGGGUUAUGGUAAUCGAUUUAUGGAAAUGGAGAGAAGGGAAAUACACAGAGAAACUAGAAAACUGGUUGAGGAUUCAGAAACGGCACCGUAUUUACGAGCUUGGUUCUUUGUCUCCAUUUUUGUUAGUUUUCGCCGGUGACGUGGAGGGGUUGGAUCACCGGUGGGGACAACUUGGAAUCGGUGGGGACAACUUGGAAGGCUUAUGUGGGUCACUACACCCCGGUCCGGUUAGCUUGUUGCAUUGGAGAGGUAAGGGAAAGGCUUGGCUUAGAAUCGACUCUCAAAGACCUUGUCCGCUGGAUUCCUUGUGGGCCUCUUACGAUCGGGUUCUUCAUCCGUCUUGUUCUCCCAUAAGCUGAUAAACGGUGAAAGUCCUGGAAAGUUCAUUGAAGUUUCACAAAAGAAGGGACACGUGUAAAAAACAGAUAGCACCUUCCAACUUGCAUGGUAGUGAAAAUAUGUAAUUACCGCUGCUAAACGCCUCUUAACCGCGAUGGUUUACACUUGUUUUUCUUUUAUUUAACAAGUGAAAAUGCAAGUUAGAAUUCUUUGCCAACUGCAUGGCAUCAGUUUAGGACAGUUUGGAACAAAGCCCCUUUUGUUGAAUACUCGGAUUGAGCUAGGCUGUUGAGUACCCCUAAAUUUUAGUUUUGACAUUACCUCAUUCCUUUUAACUUUACAGGCCUUUAACAUUCAAGUUCUCAUAAGCUCAAAUUGCUAUAGUUCAAGAAUAUAGUUGUAGUUUUCGAUCCUUUAUAACACUUAAUGAUAUUGUAGGAUGUUUGUUUCCUGUCUAAAUCAUUCCAAGGUGAAUUUUCAAGUUUAAAACUUUGGUGCUUUAACACUCAUAAUACUAGUUCUAUGAUCAAAGUGUUACACAAAUGAUGAUUGGCAGGAUUAAAGUUAAGCAAUUGGUUUUGUUUCCCUCUGAUUUUAACUUUGGUUGAAUUUGCAUCAUGAAUCCUUUGGUAAAUGCUUAAUGCUUCAGAAUUCUUCCGUAUGUGUAAAAUUUCUACUUCUUUGAAGCUAGGCACCUCCUUUUCAAUGUUGGAUGGCAAUUCUGUGCUGCAAACCCCACUUCUUUCAUUGUGUUUCUGACCAGAGUGUGAAGCUCAAACUGGGAAGCCAUCUUAGGUAGUAUGGUAUGCAAGACAAAAUCUUUCAUCUGUGUUAGUGUGGAAUUCACCAAUUUGGUUCUAGUUAAAGCAAUGGCUAAGGGUUAUCUUUUAUGCACUCAAGGAAGCUGCACAAGUCUUAAUCGGUGAUGCAAUCUACAAGAGCUGUUGUCUUGUGACCGUAGCAUCAGAACCUUGGGAAGGGUAACAAAGAAGCCUGUUACAUACAAGAACAACGUAUUUGCAGGGCAAAUGAUGGCUUAUGCAUUUCAAUGUUGCAGAAGAUAUGCCUUUGAAGUGUUGAAUAACUGCUAAUAACACCUGUUUUUUAAGUGUUUUGACUGUGUUGUAGAGAAUUAAGGGAGCUGAUUGUUAUACAAGUGGAAGCCUAAGGUUGUUUACGUAAGAUGGGUUCUUGUGAUUUCACUUCACUUCCGUGUAUCAAAAACGAAGCCAUCGAUCCUUGUGAAGCGAAAAUGGUCAAAAUUAUCUUUUUUUUUAAUUUAUAUAAUUUAAAUUAAUGAUGUAAUUUUUAAA